CCCCCCGCCGGCCUCUCCUCCUUCCCCUGCUCCCCCUCCGCGGCCUCUUCCUGCCUCGGCCGCCGCCGCCCGGGAUCUUCUGGGGCUCAGGGGGAAGAGGAGCCCGAGGAGAACCCGAGCAAGGAGGAGAAGCAGGAGCCGGGGACGCCCAUGAGGAAAGCGGGGCGGCCCGGGAGGAAGCGCAAGAAUGCCCAGGUGGAAAGCAGUGACACCCCCAAAGACACGGCGGCCGUCCCCAAGUGCCCCCCGGCCUGCCCGGAGGCCAGUCCCGCCGAGCCGCUGCCCAACGGGGACGUGGAGGGGGACGCGGAGGAGGGCGGCGCGAGCCCCAAGGGCGGCCGGCCCGAGGAGGACGACGCCGAGAGCAUUCCCGACGGAGAGACCGGCCGGGCGCUGGAGAACGGCCGCUGCACCCCCAAGGAGGGCCUGGACGCCCCGGCCGAUGAGGGUGAGCUGGCCCCUUCCGACCCCCAGAAGAAACGCGGGAGGAGGAAACUCCUGGAGGCCACAGAGAAAAGCAAGGACGAGAAGGAGGAGAACAACUUCGACACCCUGAAAAUGGAGGGCUCUCGUGGGCGGCUCCGGGGGGGCCUGGGCUGGGAGUCGAGCCUGCGGCAGCGGCCGAUGCAGCGACACACCUUCCAGGCCGGGGACCCCUACUACAUCAGCAAGAGGAAGCGGGACGAGUGGCUGGCGCGCUGGAAGCGGGAGGUGAGGGCCGGUGCCAGCGUGGGGUGGGCACAGCCUGCCUCUUUGGAGCUGGGGGUCCCUGGCUGGGGGCUGUGGGUGGGUGACACGUGGACCCCCCCCCCCGGGCAGGUGGCCAGCAGCCGGGCCGGGAAGAUCUUCCCCGCCUGCCCCGAGAACGACGAGACGGACACGUCCAAGGUGGUGGAGAUCCAGAACAAGCAGAUGAUCGAGUGGGCCCUGGGCGGCUUCCAGCCCUCGGGCCCCAAGGGGCUGGAGCCCCCCCGAGAGGAGCGGAACCCCUACAAAGAAGUUUACACGGAGAUGUGGGUGGAGCCCGAGGCCGCCGCCUACGCCCCGCCCCCGCCCGCCAAAAAACCCCGCAAAAGCACAACCCAGGAGAAGCCCAAGGUGAAGGAGAUCAUCGACGAGCGCACACGAGAGCGGUUGGUGUAUGAGGUCCGGCAGAAGUGCAGGAACAUCGAGGACAUCUGCAUCUCCUGCGGGAGCCUCAACGUGACCCUGGAGCACCCUCUGUUCAUCGGGGGGAUGUGCCAAAACUGCAAGAACUGCUUCCUGGAGUGCGCCUACCAGUACGAUGACGACGGGUACCAGUCCUACUGCACCAUCUGCUGCGGCGGCCGCGAGGUCCUCAUGUGUGGGAACAACAACUGCUGCAGGUGCUUCUGCGUGGAGUGCGUGGACCUGCUGGUGGGCCCGGGGGCGGCGCAGGCGGCCAUCAAGGAGGACCCCUGGAACUGCUACAUGUGCGGCCAUAAGGGGGUCUACGGGCUGCUGCGGCGGCGGGAGGACUGGCCCUCGCGCCUCCAGAUGUUCUUCGCCAACAACCACGACCAGGAGUUUGACCCUCCGAAGGUGUACCCGCCCGUGCCAGCCGAGAAGAGGAAGCCCAUCCGGGUGCUCUCGCUCUUCGACGGCAUCGCCACAGGGCUGCUGGUGCUGAAGGACCUGGGCAUCCAGGUGGACAGGUACAUCGCCUCCGAGGUGUGCGAGGACUCCAUCACCGUGGGCAUGGUGAGGCACCAGGGCAAGAUCAUGUACGUCGGGGACGUCCGCAACGUCACCCAGAAACACAUACAGGAGUGGGGCCCCUUCGACCUGGUGAUCGGGGGGAGCCCCUGCAACGACCUCUCCAUCGUCAACCCGGCCAGGAAGGGGCUCUACGAGGGCACCGGGCGCCUCUUCUUCGAGUUCUACCGCCUGCUCCACGAAGCCCGGCCCAAGGAGGGCGACGACCGGCCCUUCUUCUGGCUCUUUGAGAACGUGGUGGCCAUGGGGGUGAGCGACAAGAGGGACAUCUCGCGCUUCCUGGAGUCCAACCCCGUCAUGAUUGAUGCCAAAGAAGUGUCUGCAGCGCACCGGGCACGGUACUUCUGGGGGAACCUGCCCGGCAUGAACAGGCCACUCGCCUCCACCGUCAACGAUAAGCUGGAGCUGCAGGAGUGCCUGGAGCACGGCAGGAUAGCAAAGUUCAGCAAAGUGCGAACCAUCACCACCCGCUCCAACUCCAUCAAGCAGGGCAAGGACCAGCACUUCCCCGUGUUCAUGAACGAGAAGGAGGACAUCCUGUGGUGCACGGAGAUGGAGAGGGUCUUCGGCUUCCCAGUGCACUACACGGACGUGUCCAACAUGAGCCGCCUGGCCCGGCAGAGACUGCUCGGCAGGUCCUGGAGCGUGCCGGUGAUCCGCCACCUCUUCGCGCCCCUGAAGGAAUACUUUGCCUGCGUUUAGAGACGGGCAGGAACUGGUGACACACGGAGCGAGUCGGAAACAAACCCAUCCACGCCAAGAGAAGUGAACACACGGAAUGAGAGAAGAGUCAGCACCCAGAAGAGAGACGGGAUUUCGCAGCCCCCGACGGGAACCCAGCACGCGUCUCCCCGAGCGAAAGGGGUCGGUGUCCUCUCCUGAAUUUCCAAGGGUCAGCUUUAGCCUAUCGGAAAAAAAAAAACAAACAAACAAAAACCACAAAAAAGCGAAACAACAAACGACGAAAACAAAAAAAAAGCCGAAAAGAAACGAAAACGAAA